AUGAACUCUCUAUACAACCAUGGGGUCAAGCAAACACAGAUUUUAACACGAGAUUUGGCAUCGUUUGAGAAAAACCUUAGCACGUCCCCAAUGUCUUUGCAAGGGUCCAUCAUUACGUCGCUUACAGCAUUCAAAAAGACAAUUAAAGAAUACAAUGACUUGGUCACGCAGAACAAUUUCACAGAGGAAAAACACCAGCUUCGCUUGAGCAAAUUCCAGGAAGACUUGAGUAAAUUCAGCGAGAAAUUCGACUCGUUGCGACACCAGCGAGAGAUUCUGUUACAGGCAGAAUCACAUCAAGAAUUGAUGGGCCGAAGACACGUCAGCACAGACAACCCAUACGAUGCUCUGCAAAAGGCAAACCAGCCGCCUAGUGGGCCUCUGUUGCUGUAUCUGGAAGGACUUUACAAGGAGAAACAAUCAUUGUCGAGGGGUAGUAAUCAACUCGACAUGAUUUUGGAGAUGGGCCAGAACGCUCUCGAUGAUUUGGUGGAGCAAAAUGAAACGUUACGGCGGGUGGGGCAAACGUUCGAACAAAGUUUGCUAACCUUGGGGGUUAGCAGGGGCACCAUUCGGAAAGUGGAGAGACGUGCCAAGCAAGACAAGUGGAUUUUCUGGGGUGCAGUUAUCGUGAUGUUUGUGUUGUGCUACUAUAUCAUCCGCUGGUUCCACUAA